AUGCUCGAUUCGUACGAGGUCGUGGGUUUAGGUGAAGUCGGGCUGGAUGGCACCAAAGGUGAUCCAGAACUUCAACGGAGGACGUUGGACGAGGCCCUCAUCCUAUUAAAGGCUCGUCCACAUCUGGUGCUAGUAUUGCACUGCCGUCCAGGGCCUCGAGAGAACAUCAUAAGCGCGUACUACGAGCUAUUUUACCGCUGCAAAGGGAUACUUUCUCCUGAGCAGCGGAUCCAUCUGCAAUGUUUCAACGGAUCCCUAGAGGAAGUCAGUUCGUGGUUGUGGUAUUUUCCCAACACAUACCUCGGUUACAGUCUGAUGGUGACCCGUAGAGAUUUUUCGGAAAAAAGCAAUAUGGCAUUGAGGCGGAUUGAUGGAGGAAGACUGUUGCUAGAGUCUGAUGCUCCAUACUUCCCGGCAGCCGGUGAGGAGCUGCCAUCACCCUCCAUUAUCGGAGUGACGGCGCAAGAGGUUGCCAAGAUCCGGGGUUGCAGCUGGAGGGAUAUGUUGCAGCAGACGGCUAAAAAUUGCCCAACAGCUCUACUGAGGCUAGUCUGGGAGGAUGAAGAAAGGUCACCGGAGGAAUUACAUGUAUUUCAUGAAUAG